AUGGCUCCCAACCUUGAAACCAUUCCCGUCCCUUCGGCGACAAUCCAAUCACACGCCUCAAAUCUCUUGCAACUCCCAGAUAAAACUGUCCUAUGUACAUGGUUCGGCGGAUCACAAGAAGGUCUCCCGGACAUCAGUAUUUGGUUCUCUAGACUAAAACCGGGCUCUUCGUCUUGGACCACUCCACAGAAGAUCUCCUUCGAUGAGAAUAGAAGUUGUCAAAACCCUGUCUUGUUUCAAGCACCACACACUGGGGAGAUCUGGUUACUCCACACCUCGCAAGACGCUGGCAACCAAGAUAGUGCUUACAUCCUGAAGCGCACUUCAUCUGACCAGGGUCUUUCAUGGUCAGAACCUAGUCGCCUUCUUCAGGAUACGACGGGUAUUUUCAUUCGACAGCCUAUUGUUAUUAAUGGCGAGGGUACAUGGAUUUUACCCGUCUUUUAUUGUCGUACAGAACCUGGCCAUAGAUGGAUUGGAAGUGAUGAUAUUUCUGGAGUCCUCUACUCCAACGACAAUGGUGCAACUUGGAAGGAGAAGCAAGCUCCUAAUAGUAUCGGAUCUGUUCAUAUGAAUAUUGUCCCUCCGGCUUCCGGCCAGACAUUAUGGGUCGCAUUCUAUCGCAGCCGCUGGGCAGACAACGUAUACCGAUCAACAUCCAAGAACGGACUGGACUGGGAGCAACCAAAGACAACCAGUCUGCCCAACCCCAAUAGUGGAAUCUGCGCCGCACGCUUGUUGUCAGGGAAAAUUGCGAUCGUGUUCAAUCGAUCAAGUGCAUCAGCAGACACACUCAAGCGUCAAGGGCUUUACGACGACGUCACUCCUGAAGAUGACAAGCGGCCGAAUCAAGUCGCCAAGUCUGGAAAGGAUGCAAUUUGGGGCACUCCAAGAAAGACAUUAACUCUGGGAGUUUCGGACGAUGAAGGGUUGACUUGGAGAGAGCGAGUUCUUGAAGAUGGUGAUGGCUUUUGUGGAACUAACAGUUCCUCGGGCCAGGAGAACAGAGAGUUGAGUUACCCAAGCAUUUACAUCGAAAGACUUGGUUCAACGGAUAUAGCACAUAUAGCAUACACCUGGCAUCGACAGCAUAUCAAGUAUGUGAGGAUUGAUGACGUCGAAGGCUGGGCAAGCUCCUGA